CAUUUAAGCGGUGAGUGAAUUGAUUGAACGCAACCCUACAUUCAAACCAAUGGACAGUAUGUUUAUGGGGAGGGUAUGAGUAKAGCACUGGUAACUGUCUAUCAAGCAGUCGAAGCACACAUUAUUUGAAUGGUAGCACACAUUGAGUCAAUGCUUGCGGAGUCAUCACCGCAAUUGAUCCACAGUUAAUACAUUCACAGUAGACAUAUACCUGUCGGCGACACACAAACUGAUUGUCAUCGAUAGUGACCAUCGAUUUGUUUUUAUUAAAUUAGUGAAGAACUAACUGACACAAAACAAUGGCAAACAAGACAUUGCAGUCGUUAAACGAUUUAAAGAUUAAUUCGUCGGCGAUAUCGUUGGACACUAAUUGGCGAUUAGUGGCCAACAAGUAUUUUACCGAAAAUAAAUAUCUAGAUUUUGAAUUACGAUUUACCGACAAAAAGACCGACUCAGUUAAAGUCCACAAAUUGUUUUUAUUGCAAAACAAUUGUAACAAAUUGGACACCAAUGCCGACCAUUUAGUUUUCGGUAAAGGUAUUACCAAAUUGUCGGUCGUGUCUAUUGUUAAAGCAUUGUAUUCACAUUCAAUUGAUUCACUGGAUGUGAACGACAAGAACUUAGAUGAAUACAAGAAUAUUGCGGAUCAAUUAGGAAGUGAUUUUUUACUGUUGAAGUUAAUGUUAUUAAAACAGCAAUCAAGUCUUCGGCAACCAGCGAAAGCCACAAAUAAUACAUCGUCUUUAAAGAGAAAACAAGAGUCGAGUGAUUCGGAUGAUUCGUCCGAUGAUUCUGAAGAUGACGAGCCGGCAAAGAAAAAGGUAAUGACUUCACCGGUGAAACAGACACCCGCUUUGGCUAAAGCACAACCACAGGCAAAGACACCGAUUGCCAAAAAACAAGAGUCAAGUGAUUCGGACGAUUCGAGUUCAGAGGAAGAGGUUCCCAAAAAUAAGCCAACGAUUGCAACUCAAAAUACAAAACCAGUGGCAAAGACACCGAUCGUUAAAACUCCUGCGAAAAAACAGGAUUCGAGCUCUUCAGAUGAUUCGAGUUCAGAAGAUGAGGCGCCUAAGAAUAAGACACCGGUAGUACAGAAAGCACCAGUGGUACUGAAUAAUAAACCAUUGGCUAAGACACCUAUUAGUAAAACACCGGCGAAAAAACAGGAUUCGAGCUCUUCGGACGAUUCAAGUUCUGAAGAUGAGUUACCAAAUAAUAAAGUGGUUAAAACAACUACUGCAACAAAACCACAACCGCCAGCAAAGACUCCGAUUGUCGCUAAUAAAACUACGGCUAAAAAACAGGAGUCGAGUGAUUCGGAUGAUUCGUCCGAUGAUUCCGACGAAGAAGAGGCGCCGAAGAAAACUCCAUUGACAUCAACAGCCAAGCAGACCCCUGUUGUGGCUAAAGCACAACCACAGGCAAAGACGCCGAUUAGCAAAACACCGGCUAAAAAACAAGAGUCAAGUGAUUCAGACGAUUCGAGUUCCGAAGAAGAAGUGCCCAAAAAUAAGCCAACGAUUGCAAAUCAAAACAAUAAACCGUUGGCUAAGACACCAAUUGUUAAGACUCCUGCGAAGAAACAAGAGUCUAGUUCUGAUGAUUCGAGUUCAGAGGAUGAGGCGCCUAAAAGUAAGACACCGGUAGUACAGAAAACACCAGUGGUUCAGAAUAAUAAACCAUUGGCUAAAACACCAAUUAGUAAGACACCGGCGAAAAAACAGGAUUCGAGCUCUUCAGAUGACUCGAGUUCAGAGGAUGAGGCGCCUAAAAGUAAGACACCGGUUGUACAGAAGGCUAAACCUCAAGCACCCGCUAAGACACCAGUAGUUAAAACACCGGCGAAACAACAGGAUUCAAGUGAUUCGGACGAUUCAAGUUCUGAAGAAGAGACGCCUAUUGCUAGUAAAGCAGUUAAUUCUAAGCCACAAUCGGUUGCAAAGACACCAAUUGCUAAAACGCCGGCUAAAAAACAGGAAUCAAGUGAUUCAGACGAUUCGAGUUCCGAAGAAGAAAUACCAAAUAAAGCGAUUCAAAACUCAAAACCAGUGGCAAAGACUCCGACAAUUAAAACACCAGCCAAACAACAACAAGAAGAAUCAAGCGAUUCGGAUGACUCGAGUUCUUCGGAAGAACCGAAAACAUUUGAGAACAAUAAUGUUGCGGAAGUGAAAAAAUCGGCCACAAAACGCAGUUCAUCGCCGUUUAGGCGAAUAAAAGUCGAUAGCAAUCAAGUGAACGGUGAUUCACCAAUGAUGGACAACUCAUUCGACUCGAAGCAGGGUUUCGAUCAAUGGGGCAAAAAAGCGGCACAAAGUUUGGGUGCAGUCAAAGGUAAGGACUUCCGACGGGAGAAGACCAAGAAAAAGAAGGGUAGUUAUGGCGGCGGACCCAUCAAUAUGGGUGUUAACUCUAUUAAGUUUAGUUAGAUUUUUCUAGUAUUUAAGUAAAUUGAGGGCUUAUUUUAAAUUCAUUUUAUCAUUUAAUUAAAAUUAUUAGUAUAUAUAUGACUAUAAUUAUAUUA